AUGGACGCCUCUGUAUGCUUCAUAGCCGCAAUUAGAUGCACAAUGAUUUUUGGGUUUAUUCAUGGACGAGUAGGACCUGAGAACCAAGUGCCGUUACCUAGCCAAAAGAUUAUGCCAAUUGCAGUGUUAAUAUCACCAUUUCUGUUUUAUCUGCUUCUACUCUCAGCUUCUCAACGACAGGGAAAGUUCAUGGAAGUGCCUCUACCAUCUGAUUCUGCAGAUAGUUUUACUACAGUCGGGGUUUUAAGGGGAUGUCUUUGUUGGCUUACUUGUGGCACUGGCACUGUUGCAAUGAAGCAAUAUGAUUUCUGGGUAAUGAAGGAAUAUGACGAGGAAGAAUCAUGGACUAAAGCUGUGGUCAACAUCCCAUUUCUGUGCUUAAGACCUUUGAGUUUCUUGAAGAAUGUUGAAGCUUUGUUGGAGAUGGAUGGAAAAUUGGUUCUUUACAAUCCAAGAGAAGGAACACAAUGUAGAAGGAAACUGGAAAUAGAGAGCCUUGUUUCACCUACUUUGUUGUGGCAGUGGGAGUUGGGAGAGAUAUGCAGUUCAGAUGAAAAUGAAUGA